AUGAAUUAUGAACCAAAUAAUGUAAAUUUAAUAAAAGUAGUUGGUAAAUCAUAUUUACUUGGUAUAAUAUUUACAUGGAGUAUAUAUUUAACAAUCAUAAAUGAAUAUCAUAGACCAUUGACUAAUUAUUUUACAUUUAUUUCAAUUUUUCAUUCUUUAGAAUUUAUAAAUACUUAUUUAUUUAAUAGAUCACAAAUUGACGAUGAUUCAUUCAUAUUGGAAGAUUAUGAAUUGCAUGGUAUUUAUUUAUGUUCGAUACUAGAGCAUUAUUUUAUAAAUUGGAAAUUUGAAACUUUUUACCUUGGGUUGAUAUUGAUUAUAUUUGGUCAAUUUAUAAGAAAUUUAGCUAUGUAUACAGCUAGAGAAUCAUUUAAUCAUUAUAUUCAAAGAGAUAGUAAACCAAAUCAUAAAUUGAUAACUCAUGGGAUUUUUAAAUAUGUUAGACAUCCAUCAUAUUUUGGUUUUUUUAUUUGGUUUAUUGGCAUGGAACUAUUGUUGAAUAAUGUUAUUAUAUUAGUUGUUGGUGGUUAUAUACUAUGGAAUUUCUUUAAGAAAAGGAUUGUGUUUGAAGAGGGAUUAUUGGUGAAUUUCUUUGGUGAAGAUUAUAUAAAAUAUAGAUCAAGAACUAGAACUUGGAUGUUUAUAUAG